AUGUGGCGGGUCGUAGGGAGCCAACUGCAGCAACCCAGGGGGCUCGCAGGGAGCACCAGGCAUAGGUUCUCAUCACACAGUCGACAACUGGCUCAGACCAGCAGCAGCAAUAACGCCAGGGUGCAUGUUAUUAAGCCGAAACGAGAGCUCGAGAAAUACGACACAGCUGCCGUGGAGUCCGGAUGGUAUGAAUGGUGGGAAGCACAAGGCUUCUUUGCUCCGCGCUCAAUCUCUACUUCAGGAUCAACCGGUAGCCCCGACAGCUCUGGCUCCGACCCAUCGUUGACUCGGUUCACCAUGCUAACGCCACCACCCAAUGUCACAGGAUAUCUCCACGUUGGACACGCCCUCACAGCUUCAAUCCAGGACUCGAUCGUACGAUGGCGUCGCAUGCGGGGUGAAAGCGUCUCGUGGAUUCCGGGUAUGGACCACGCCGGUAUUAGCACCCAGACCGUCGUUGAGAAAAAGCUGAUGCGGGAACAGAAGCUGACGCGACAUGACUUAGGACGGGAAACCUUCGUUGAGCAGAUCUGGGACUGGAAACAUUUACAUGGUGACAAGAUCACGCAGCAGCUGAAACGGCUAGGGGCAUCCAUGAACUGGGACCAGAGUUUUUUCACUCUGGACGAGACACGCACGGAGGCCGUCAAGUCGGCGUUCAUUCAACUGUUCCGCGACAGGCUCGUUUAUCGCGACACGAGGCUUGUCAACUGGUGCUGUGCCCUCGAGACUGUAAUAUCGGAUAUCGAAGUUGAACACGAGGACAUCGCUGGAAGGAUCAUGCUGAGCGUACCAGGGCGUUUGAAAAAAGUGGAAUUCGGGGUGUUGCAUGAUUUUGCAUACAGGGUUGACGGUGACGAUACACAGGAACUGGUCGUUUCCACAACGCGUAUCGAGACGAUGCUCGGAGAUGAGGCAGUCGCUAUUCAUCCAGAUGAUGUCAGAUACAAGCAUUUGUACGGCAAACAUGUCGUCCAUCCAAUCUCAGGGAAGCGACUUCCCAUCAUUUGCGAUCCAGAAUUGGUGGAUAUAAACUUUGGGACAGGCGCUGUCAAGGUGACCCCUGCGCACGAUCCUAGCGACUAUGCAUGCGGACGAAGACAUGGCCUUCCUAUUGUAAAUAUCUUGGAAAAGGACGGCACGUUUAAUACGAACUGCGGAUCAAAAACAUAUGAGAAAAUGAACCGAUUUGACGCUCGAGAUAGGAUUGUACAGGAUCUGAAGGAACUGGGCCUCUAUAGAGGCAAGAAUGAGAAGCAUGCGAUGCGGUUAGCGAGAUGCUCAAGAUCAGGGGAUGUCAUCGAACCCAUGGUGAUGCCUCAGUGGUACAUAAAGUGCGACACGAUGGCGCAACGUGCCUUGAAGGAUGCUGAAAGUCAAAACCUUGUGUUUCAUCCUGACUCGGCCAUCAAAGACUGGAAUCGUUGGCUGGAAAACAUUCAGGACUGGUGCAUAUCACGUCAGCUGUGGUGGGGUCACCGUAUUCCUGCCUAUAGGCCCGUAUUCGAAGAACCCAACAGUUGUCGGGCUGUGUGUGGCGCAGAUGCGGGAGAUGGACCGUGGUUUGUUGCAGAGUCCCAGGAACAGGCAGAGGAGAAAAUCAGCCAGUUCGUUUCAGAAAGAAGCCUGCAGCAUUUGAAGUACAGGGUUGUUCAGGACGAGGAUGUUUUGGAUACCUGGUUCUCGUCAGGCCUUUUGCCGUUAUCUGCACUGGGCUGGACAGGAAAGAUGCUUCCUUCAGGUAGGAGGAUCCCAGAACGAUACCCCACUACUAUGAUCGAAACGGGGACCGACAUCAUGUUCUUUUGGGUCGCAAGGAUGGUCAUGCUGUGCACACACCUUUCAGAUCAAGUUCCAUUCAAGGAUAUAAUGUUCCAUGCCAUGGUGCGUGAUGCCCAGGGACGAAAGAUGAGCAAAUCUGUCGGCAAUGUCAUUGAUCCAACUCAUGUGAUCGAGGGCAUAUCUUUGAAAGACCUGAAGGCAACACUCGAAGGAGGAAACUUGGCAGCCAAGGAGGUGAAGCGCUCGCAGGCUCAGAUGGAGAAGGACUUUCCCAAGGGCAUCAUGGCCAGCGGAGCCGAUGCCCUUCGUUUCGCGCUUGUUUCAUCUACGCAACACACACGGCAAAUCAACCUCGAUCUGUCAAAUGUUACUUCGGCACAACACUUUGCGAACAAGUUAUGGAACUUGUCUGUGUUCUACAAGACUCGACUGUACGAUAUAAACCAUGUAUCCUCUGUCACCUCGGAGGCUGUGCUUGCCCGUGGACUGGAUGAAUUCAAGGAAGGCGGCUCUCGGCAAGGUAUGACUCUGGUGGAGCGUUUCAUCAUGUCGCGACUGUCGGACACGGUCGCGAGGGUCAACAGCGGCAUGGAACAGUUGGAACCAUCGGUUGCAACGGAUACACUGCGCAGGUUUAUUAUUCAGGACCUGUGCGAUGUCUAUGUCGAAUUCAUCAAGCCAACAUUAUUCUCUGCGGAUAAGAUCUCUAUUCAACAAAAGCCCCGGUUGUUCAAGGUCCUGCAGACGUGCUUUGAUGCGUCUCUAAGGAUGAUGCACCCAUUCAUGCCUUUUGUCACAGAGGAACUAUGGCAAAGAAUGCUACCAGAGACAGCUUCCUCGAAUACAUCCAUCAUGAUUUCUUCGUUCCCUUCAAGUCAAGAGCUCGAUUCAUGGAGAGACGAGGCAGCAGAGAAGGAUAUGGAGAUUGCCUUGGGUGUGAUCCAGGCGUCACGAUCCUUGCGUCAGAGCCACCAGGUGCCUAUGUCUAAAGUACUACCCUUCACGAUUUGGACAAGCGAUGCAUCCCUUUUAGCCGAUGGCGGUGCUCUCCAGCAGAGUCGAUCUUAUCUCUCCCAUUUCACUCGCGCUGAAGGGGAUAUCAUUUAUAUUGAUGGUGCCUCCGCAACCGAUGGACGACAAGGCAUGUCUGCGAUUGAGCCGUUUUCAGCUGUUCACGUUGUCACGCCAGAGGUGAAGCUGUUCACACCACUGGCUGCCGUCCAGAAGGCCAUUGCUUCUGCAGAUGUAUCAUCGACUUCUCAGGGCACUGCUGUAUCAACUGCUGGGGGUUCCGCGGAUAGAGGUAGACAACAGCAAGAAUUACAGCGUCUAGAUCGGAAGCUGGAUGCGGUGCGAGCUAGUCUGGAUAAGCUAGCAGGUCGUGUAAGUAAGGCAGAGUAUCUGGAGCGUGUGCCUGAACACGUGAGAGCGGUUGAUGUGAAGCGUAAGCAGGAGCUGCUGGCGCAGGAGGAGCAUUUGAUUGCAACGACGAAGACGUUACGCGCUGCACUUGCAUAG